AUGGAAGUCUGCAGAGAACUUCUCAUUAAACAAGAGAAAAGCAGCAGCGGGCCGCGUGAAGGCAUUUCCCGGAAUCCGGGAGGAAGCAUGAGUCACUGGCCUGCUAAGAGAGCCCUGCGUGGCCGUGGCCGGCCCAGGAGGCCUGGAGUGCAGGCCCAGCAGUCAGGGCUGCGCCAGGCUGGCCGCGUAGACACGCCCACUGCCCGCGCUGACGCAGGCCAGCACCUCAGCGGUUGGCCCCCGACGCCCGUGACGCCCGAGCUCUGGCGCACGGUGGCCACAGCACCAUGUGUAGUUGUCACGGGACCUGGGGACCUUCCAGUGCGCUGCUGGCAUUCGUCAGCACUGCUCGGGAGGGGCUCUGUGGUGGAGAAGCCCCCUGAGUCCCUCAAGGACAAGAACGAGAUGAAGGACGGCGGCCCCGUGAGCAGCCCGCCGGCACCUGCAGAGGUGGCAGUGAAGACGUCCCUGAGACAGAAGGUGGUGGACGGGCUGAAGCACUACUACCAUGGCUUCCACCUGCUCUGGAUCGACACCAAGAUCGCCGCCCGCUCGCUCUGGAGGAUUCUCAAGGGCCACACCCUGACCCGCCGGGAGCACAGGCAGUUUGUCCGGGUCUGCGCUGACCUCUUCCGCCUGGUGCCGCUCCUCAUCUUCGUGGUAGUACCAUUCAUGGAGUUCCUGCUGCCCCUUGCUGUGAAGCUCUUUCCCAACAUGUUGCCAUCCACCUUUGAGACCCAGUCCAUCAAGGAGGAGAGGUUGAAAAAGAAGCUGCGUGCCAAACUGGAGCUGGCCAAGUUUCUCCAGGACACCAUUGAGGAAAUGGCCUUGAAGAAUAAGGCAGCCCAGGGCAGUGCUGCCAAAGAUUUUUCUGUAUUUUUCCAGAAGAUCCGAGCAUCAGGGGAAAGCCCUAGCAAUGAGGAAAUCAUGCGUUUUUCCAAAUUAUUUGAGGAUGAGCUGACUCUGGAUAACCUCACUCGGCCGCAGCUAGUGGCGCUAUGUAAGCUAUUAGGGCUCCAGGCCAUGGGUACCAACAGUUUCUUGCGUUUUCAGCUUACCAUGAGGCUAAGGUCCAUAAAGGCUGAUGACAAGCUGAUUGCUGAGGAAGGGGUAGACAGCCUGAACAUCAAGGAAUUACAGUCAGCUUGUUGGGCUCGAGGAAUGAGGGCCUGUGGUGUCACAGAAGACUGUCUGAGGGACCAGCUGAAGCAGUGGCUGGACCUGCACCUGCAUCAGGAGAUCCCUACAUCCCUGCUCAUAUUGUCCAGAGCCAUGUACCUCCCAGAUACCCUCUCACCAGCUGACCAGCUGAAAUCCACAUUGAAGACCCUUCCAGACAGUGUGGUGAAGAAAGCCCAGGUGAAAGUGGCUGAGGUUGAGGGUGAGAAGUUAGACAACAGGGUGAAACUGGAGGCCACACUGCAGGAAGAGGAGGCCAUCCAAGAGGAGUACCGGGAGAAGGAACUGCGGAAACUUUCCCAAGUGACAAAAGAAGCAGCAGACUGGCAGCCAGAAGUGCAUAAGGAAGUCCUGAAGGAAGAGGAAAUAACCAAGGAAGAAAUUGACAUACUCAGUAAUGUGUGUUCUAAACUGAAGGAGAAGAAGAAACCCCUAACUAAAGAAAAGGAGGAACUGGAACUGCUGAAGGAGGACAUCCUAGACUAUAGUGAGGACUUAGAAGAAAUCAAGAAGACACCUUCAAAGGCUGGUAAGGAAAAAUAUGUAGAAGAAUCUAAAGCCAGCAAAAGACUGAACAAGAGAGUUCAGCAGAUGAUUGGGCAGAUAGACAACUUGAUUUUGCAGCUGGAGACAGAUAGGAGGGCUGGCAAGCUGGACUUGGCAGAGGGCUCACCUACUAGGGAGACUGUUAUCAGUAUCACCGAGCUCAUCAGCAGCAUGAAGCAAAUCAAGCACAUUCCAGAGAACAAGCUAGUCAGCUUGGCCUCAACACUAGAUGAAAAUAAGGAUGGUAAGGUCAACUUCGACAAACUUAUCAAAGUGGUUGAGCUGGUAUACAAAGAAGAUGUUCACAUCCUUACCAGUCACGUGACUGAGAUCGUGGCAAUGCUGAAGAAGGAGGAGAAGGUGCAAGAGAGGGAGAAAGCUAAGGAAAAGGAAGAGGAGUCUGCAGAAGUGAAGAAUUAGGGCUGGCUCCAGUUUCAGGCACAUUAAUGGUCCUGUGUCUGCCUCCCAUCUCCUGCAUCAGUUGCUAUGGUAAUGACUGUUUUAACAUUUGCUUUGAGGUGAUCCUUAGUGAUGCAUUUAAUAUUUUUUUCUUCUGGAAUAAGUCAGAAAUUUCCAUUAAAA